CUUCGCUCUCAGUUUGUGUUGCACAAAUGCAAAGUACAAGAGUAUAAAAAAGCACUGCUAAUAACAAAAUCAUUUGAUAUCAUACCGGCGACCUUUAAACACGUAAACAAAGAAUGCCUUACGAAGGCUAUAAGAACCUACUCGUCCAGAAGGAGGGUAAAAUUCUCGUUAUCAAAUUUAAUAAUCCUCGGAAGAAAAAUUGUAUAAAUUACAAUGGAUACAAAGAACUGACGCGUGUUUUGGGCGCUGUCAACGAGGAUGAAGGCGUCACAAUUGUUGUGUUUACCGGUGUUGGCGAUUUUUUUACCGCCGGCAAUGAUUUGUCCCAGAGUUCUGAGAUCAGCGACAUGGAUGCCUACUUUAAGGAAUCAAAUGCGACAUUCAAAGCCAUGGUCAACAGUUUUAUAAAUUGCACGAAGCUCAUCUUUUCGCUGGUCAAUGGACCGGCCAUUGGCAUAGGCUCCACCAUUGUGGGGCUCAGCGAUGUGGCCUGGUGUGCCGAAGAGGCCUAUUUCCUGACGCCCUUCAGCAAACUUGGUCUGGUGCCAGAGGCCUGCUCCAGCUUUACGUUCCCACUGAUCAUGGGUCGAUCAAAGGCUACUGAGAUGCUGGUGCUAAAUGAGAAGCUUUCUGCCCAGGAAGCAUACCAUUUCAAUUUUGUUUCCCGCAUCUUUAAACUAAGUGAAUUGGAUUCCGUGGUAUGGCCAAAGAUUCGCCAGUACGCUGAACUGCCUCCCAAUUCGAUGCGGGAGUGCAAGCGCCUUAUUCAGCUGGGAUUGCGGGAUAAUCUUGUGCGUGCCAAUGAUACGGAGUGUGAAGCGCUGCUCAGACGUAUGUACGACGAUGAAUGCAUGCAAGCUAUAAUCAAUUUUGCCAUGCGCAAGUCAAAGCUUUAAUUUGAUGUAUUCUACAAAUGUAUUUUACUCUGUAAAUAUAUAUGUUAAAAACGAAAGGCAAAUUUCCUAUUAUGUGCGCAGCUAAAAAAGCU